AUGACAGAGCAGGCAGCACUGGCACCAGGGCUGGGUGUCUUCUCAGAACUGCAGGCCCUGGAGGUGGCGGGUUGUGGGGAAGAGGAGGAUUGUGGGUUCUCCGACAGGCUGUUCCUGACUCAGUUGUAUUCAUUCCGACAGGUCGGUGUGGCCUUUGAGGAUGUCGCCGUGUAUUUCUGCAGGACAGAAUGGCGCCUCCUUGAUGAGGCCCAGAGAGGCCUCUACCUCGAGGUGAUGCUGGAGAAUUUUGCUCUCGUAUCCUCACAGGGUUGCUGCUGUGGCAGUCAGGAUCUGGAGGCAUCCACUGAACAGAGCGUUUCUGUGAGAGUGUCACAGGCACAGAAGACCAACGUAGCUUCGUCUUCCCAGACGAGCCAUCCCUGUGAAUGUUGUGCUGCAGUCUUGAGGGACAUUUUCCAGGUGGUUGAGCAGCAGGGAACGCAAUACAGUACGACACUGCUGAGGUGUGGCGCAUGUGCAGAGUCAUUUUAUUUUAGUACAGAGUUCCACCAGCACCAUAAGCAGCACAUGAGAGCAGAGUGUGUGGACAGGGCCUCACUUGUGAAGAGCUGCACCUUCAGUGUGUCCCAGAAGCUUUUUACCGGUCAGAAGGUCAGAGACAGCAUCCUUACUGCCUCCGGACAACUCCAACACCAGGCUCCUCAUCCCAGGACAAAACCAAGUGAAACCUCCAUGUCUGGGGUGACAUUUCAAAACAGAAAAAGCUACCAUAGCAAGAAAGACUGUGAAAAAGCCAUGAGAGGCAACGACACACUUGGUCUAGAUCAAGCUGUCCAUACUGGAAGGCAGUGUUUUGUGGGCACCGAAAAUAAAAACUAUUUUAAAGAAAUCUCUGGACUUAAUUGUCAUCAGAAAGGUCCCUCAUUGGAAAAGCCAUAUGAGUGCCGUGAGUGUGGAAAAGGUUUUAAAGAACAUUGGGUCCUUAUUCAACACUGUCGAGUUCAUUCUGGAGAAAAGCCUUAUGAGUGUGGUGAAUGUGGAAAGUCCUUCAGCCAAAGUGCUGGCCUCACUAGACACCAGAGAGUUCACACUGGAGAAAAGCCAUAUGAGUGUGGUGAAUGUGGGAAAUCCUUCAGCCAGAAUUCCAGCCUCAUUCACCACCAAAGGGCUCACACUGGAGAAAAGCCUUAUGAGUGUGGCAAAUGUGGGAAAACCUUUACCCAGUGUUCCAGCCUCAUUGAACACCAAAGGGUUCACACUGGAGAAAAACCUUUUGACUGUAGUGAAUGUGGAAAGUGCUUUACCAGAAUAGCCUGCCUUCGUCGUCAUCGGAGACUUCACUCUGCUGAAAGGCCUUAUGGGUGUAAUGAAUGUGGAAAAUCUUUUAAGAGGAAAUCUCUCUUUUGUUAUCAUCAGAGAUUACACACUAGACAAAGUUUGUAUGAGUGCAGUGAAUGUGGGCACCACUGA